AUGGCUGGUGCCACUCCGAACGGGAUCACGCAGUCGGCGACGUCGCAGCAGUGGCCGGCCACAACUUCAGCGAGUGCGGCCGCUGCAACAGCAGUUGUAGCUGCGGCAGCAGCACUGCAGAAUGGUGGCGGCAAUCGUAAUCGCCCGUAUUUUGGGCAGCCACACUUUAUUGGCCGUGCGCCGCUGAUCGGGAGCCGUAUGAGUGGUGUGGAUUACUGGCACAAGAAUGGGAGCUCGGCUGCAGAAGCAGUGAGACGCCAGCAGCAGCAGCACCAGCACCACCAUCACUACGAGCGCGACGAUAAUAUGGACCGAAGCAGAGCUGGCGCCGGAGCCGGCGGCUAUCAGCGCAUCGACAGAUGGCAGCCACGUGGCGUACACUCGCAAGUGCCUCCGAAGCUUACGGCGGCGCAGAAGCGAGCGCGUGGCCCCUUGCCAGACUGGGACGAUUGCGAGGAGGACAGUUUCGAUUAUAUGGAUCUGAUGGAAUCGCAGUAUGCGCAGUACUACGCGGUGUCCACGGUGCCGCCAUUCGACCCAACGUCGACCGGCAUGGACCCGGCGCUGGCGGCGGCUUUCCCGAACAUGAUGCUGCAUCAGGCACAGCAGCAGAUGGCCGCACUCACGUUCCGCCCGCCACAGCUCUCACCUUUCAACGCCCACUUACUGUCGCAUCCGCCACCAACUAUGGUCGCUGCUGCGGCUGCUGCUGCUGCGGUGGGCGAGUCGCGCCCAGAUAGUGUUGCAUCCUCGCUUACGUCGAAUACUGUCCCGGCCACUCCAACUGCCUUGCUUUCUCCAAGCAACGCUACAGUAGCUGCGCCCAUUCCGGGAACCGCUGGCGUAUCAGCAAUCGGCCCGAUCGGCGUCCCCUACAAUGCCGCUUAUCCGCCAAUUUCACCUCAGACACCGAUUAGCACCGAAACGCUGAAAGAAUAUAUCCGGAAACAAAUGUAA